GGAGUCAGACUUUGAAAAGCCACAAACCUCCUCUUGCUCUGUGCUUUGUGGAGGACGGCGUAAUCUUUCAGCUGCGCUACAGACGAAAGAUCUGAGCCACAAUGCCAGCCCCUGGUGUGUGUUUAAACAUUUUAUCGGAGCGUAAUGUCAAAGAUGGACAGGGAUUGGCCAAUAAUCCCGAAAAGUUCCUGGAUCAGGACUUCCAGCAGCUGAAGCAGUUCUGCCUGAAGGAGAGACUGAGGUUUAGAGACAACCUGUUCCCACCAGAGCUCAAAUCCAUCGGUUUGGGGCCUCUGAAGCGGGACGAUCUCUGGAAAGUGGUGUGGAAAAGACCAUAUGAACUGGUGCCAAACCCUGUUUACAUCGCUCAAGGCACUUCAAGGUUUGACUUCAUCCAGGGCAGAUUAGGGAACUGCUGGUUUCUGGCAUCUGUCGGAGCGCUUACAUUUCAGAAGCGCAUCAUGAAGCAGGUCAUUCAGGACGAUCAAACGUUCUCUGUGGAUUAUGCUGGAAUAUUUCACUUUAGGUUCUGGAGAUUUGGAUCAUGGGUUGAUGUGGUUAUCGAUGAUAAACUGCCAACUAUAGACAACCAACUUGUCUUUGUCCAGUCCAAAACACCGAAUGAAUUCUGGCCUGCUCUGUUAGAGAAAGCUUAUGCCAAAGUGUGUGGCUCUUAUGCGGAUAUGGACGCAGGGAACAUCUCAGAGGCUCUGAUGGAUUUCACCGGUGGUCCACACAUGACCAUUAAACUGAGUCAAGCGUCAGAUAAGCUGUGGGACAUCAUGAGACGAGCCGGCAAAUCAGAAUCACUGAUGGGAUGCGGCACUCCUGGAGGGCAAGCAGGUGUGCUGCAAAAUACUGUGUUGCCCAAUGGUCUUGUGGAAAUGCAUGCGUACACGGUCACAGGAGUCACAGAGGUUGUAUGUAAAGGUCGUCCAGUGAAGCUGGUGAGAAUUUUUAAUCCGUGGGGUUCUGGAGAGUGGAACAGAGACUGGAGCGACAGAUCUCCACUGUGGGAACUUGUACGUCCCGAGGACCAAAAAUACAAUGAUGUUCUCGACAAUGGAGAAUUCUGGAUGUCAAUGGAGGAUUUCUGCAGGAAUUUUUCUGAAAUGGAUAUCUGUUGUUCAGAUGUGAAUGUCCUUGCCGGAUCUCAAUCUUCCUCCUGGAAAACUGAAGUGCACAAGGGCCAGUGGGUGAUGGGGACAACAGCUGGAGGGUGUUCAAAUGACAUAGACAGUUUUUCGAAGAAUCCUCAAUAUCGUGUGACUCUUAAAGAGACUGUUGAAGAUCCUAGAGAUAAAUCCUCUGCAAAUCUCCUGGUGUCUCUCAUUCAGAAAUCUCACAAGAGGAACAGACACUUGGCCACCAAUUUCCACAUCGGCUUUAACAUUUAUGAGGUGCCAGCUCAUUUAAAGGACCAAAAGGAAAAAUUCCCAGCCUCGUUCUUCAGAAACGUUCGUGUUGUGGGAAAAAAUGAGUCUUUUCUUAAUGCUCGGGAGGUGAUGGAGUUUUUCAGAUUUAAAGCAGGCGACUACCUCAUCGUUCCCUCAACUUUCCAGCCCAAUGAAGCUUCGUCUUUCCUUCUGACGGUCUAUUCAAAGACAGAAACCAUCAUUGAAGACACUUCUGGAUACGGCAUCACAAGAACUAAGAUGAUUCCCAGAGAUAAUGAUGAAUCCUUCCAGCUGUUUCUGCAAUAUGCGGAUAAGUAUGGUGAAGUGGACGCUGAGCGGCUUCAGAAACUCCUGAACGAGAAUCUUCAUGCAGGACGUUCACAGAAAACAACAGGAUUCAGUGUGGAUUUGUGUAAGAGUCUGGUGGCGCUGAUGGAUCUCAGUGUCACAGGAAGACUCAGUGAAUUUGAAUGCCUUCGUUUGUGGAAACGAGCCGUUUUUCUAAAGGAUAUUUUCUACGACAUGGAUGUGUCACACACUGGAAGUCUCUCUGUCAAUGAACUCCGAAAUGCUCUUAAAGUUGCAGGGUUUGUAUUGAGUGACGGUAUGCUGAAUCUCAUGGCUCUCCGAUACGCUGACUCUAAUGGGGAAAUUUCUCUGGAAAACUUUAUUGUGCUCGUGCUGCGCAUGGACUGCAUGGCCAAAACAUUCAAGAGACUCUCUGCUGGGGGCCCAAACAUGAUGCUGGGAGAAAAUGAAUGGAUGCAUCUCACACUGUACUCAUGAGACAAAAAACAAGACUGAAAAAAUGGAUCCUGGCUGACUUCACUGCUCGCACGCAGCAAUAAAAUACACAAAUUUAAGAGUCAAAUGCAAACUUACCUUCAUACGUGAUAUGUUUUGCAUACGGAAGGUUUGCUAUCUAUAAUUUAUUUGAUUGUGCAUGCAGUCAUUGUUUGUUUUGUGCAUUUAAUUAAAUACGGAAUUAAUUUUGAAUUGUUUAAACAUUUUUAAUCAUUAAAAGGUUCAUUUAUAUUGCGUUAAUAACGGCUUCUUUAACAAGAUGCACAGAGCUCACAGUGUUUAACAUACAAACACAAUUGCUGAAGACUGCAUCUUUAUAUGAAUAAACCAAAGAUUAUGCCUCA